GCUCGGGCAUCGCGGCGACGCCAAGUUCGGCGAGGCCGUGGCCGCGCUCGAGCAGAUCCGAGCCGGGGACUUCGACGUGCGCGCGGUGGAUCGGAAGACCCUGCUCUACGUUGGGCUGGGAGGCAUGCGUGCGCCGCGUGAGGGCGAGGGGCCACCUGCAGGGCUCGGUGCCCUCGAGGCGGCCCUCGCCGGCCCAGAAGUGCCAGAUGGCACGGGCGCGGCCGAGCGCAGGGCCACAGAGGAGGAUGCGCGUACGCUCUCGGUGAAGUACACCGCGAAGGGCCGCAGGGAGCGCGUCUGGGUCGAUGCGGUGAAGGGGCUCGUCGAGGACUCCUUCACGGACUGGCCUCUCGACGGGCCGCGAACUUUCCUGCGGCUGAUGAUGUUCUUCGCGCGGCUGUCCAUGGUCCUGACGCUCUGGUUGGAAAGGCAUAUGCAAGCGGCUGGCUGGGGUGAGAACGAUCGCUCCAUCCACGAGAUGCAGGUGAUGGCGGAGGUGUUCGAGCUGGCCAUCUUCUACGAUCAGUUGUGCGUGGCCUCGACGGCUUCGUUCGAGCGGCUGGGAAAGAGGUGGCAGGCGGUGCUGGAGGCCCACGCCAAGAACCCGACCAGCCCGAACUGCGAGAUUGCGGAGAAGUUCUCAGGUCACGGUCGCCGCCGCCAGAUGGUCGCCCCGACCUGGCAGGCAUUCGCGGCGAAGGAGGUGCGCGAGGAGGCCGAGAUAGACAGGCAGACUAGCACGGCGAGUGCCUUUAAGGACGAGGCCGAAGCGGCGCUGAAGCGUAGCGCCAAGAUCAAGGAUCCCAGAGAUAAGGGCAAGGAUAUGGACGGCGAGCGAUG